AUGAAGUGUUGUGGACUUUUUACACGAUCUGUGAACAAAACGAAAACUACUAUUGAUUUAAAUGAUCGUUGUAUUGGUUGUCUACUAUGUCACAUGAUCGGUGAUCAGCUAGGUGCUGGCGUCGAGGGUUACUCAGCUGCCAAAAUUAAAAGUGAAUAUGGAACUCUGUGUGACGAUGUCGCAGCUCCACAUAUGGGUGUGGAGGAACUUGGUCCUCGUAUUCAUAUGUAUACGGACGAUACAAACUCCAUGCUUGCACUAGCGCAUAGUCUUGUUACAAAUAGAGGUUUGAAGCCGAAGCAUGCAGCCCAAUCCUAUGCUCAAUUUUGGUCGACUGGAGUUAAACGAGGUUAUCCUGAAUCAGCUCAAGCAAGUAUGCAGUGUGUACUCGAUGGCCAGAUAGAUUACCGUGAGUGUGGACGCAUAAACUUUCCCGAUGGAUCAUUUGCCAAUGGUGGAGCGGUGCGAAUAGCUCCUAUUGCUCUUUCAUUUCGCAAUGCAUCUGACAGCCAACUCUACGAAGCUGUUCGCAUGGCUAUCAUCUCUUCGCACGUACAUCCUGAAAGUAUAGAUGGAGCUUUUGUUUUAGCUAAAGCCAUUAUCUUGGCUCUUCGCUGUAAUUCGGUGGAAUCGUUUGAUCCUUUGAAAUAUUUUCGUGUUCUAAAGACGAUAGCACGAACGAGAACCAUGAAAAAUCAAAUUAAAUUAUUAAUCGGGCUCCAUACUGCACAAUCUAAGAAAACUAGUGCAAAUAUACAAAAGACAGACAUCGAUGUAGUACAAGCAUUGGGGAACACAUUUCAACUGAAAGCUAUCGAAGCUGUGCCAUGUGCCUUGUGGAUUGUAUGCACAGGUUAUCGUGAACCUGAAGAAUGUCUUGUUCGCGGUGUGAAUAUGGGUGGUGAUACUGACACAGUGGCAGCUAUAAUCGGAGAUAUUAUUGGAGCUUUGCACGGCUGGAAAUGGAUUCCUGCUCGAUGAUUUCGUUUUGAAAAUUUAAUGAACAGGAUUCUUUAUGAAAUAUUUGAAUAUCUUGAUAUGUAUCAUAUUUAUAAAGGAUUUUUCAAUCUUAAUAAACGAUUUAAUGAUUUUCUUAAUGAUUCAAAUUUUCUAAUUAAAAUCAAUAUUUUACCAAUGUCAAAAUCAAAUUUUGAAUCCUAUAAGAAAAAUAUUGUUACACCAAAUAGACAGCGCAUUAAUAUAUUUCGUUUAUCGAAUCAAUUUAUUGCUGAAAAUAUUUUUUCAUCACCAAAUAUUAUUUUACGAUUUAUUAAUCUUGAAAUAUUGAUUCUUGAAAAUAUCGAUGCCAAAUAUCUUGAUAAAAUUAUUAAUUAUUUAAUAGAUUUACCUAAAUUUCAUUCAUUAAAUCUUUCUAUUGUUGAUUAUAUUCAAACAUUAGAUCUUUUUGUUCAAAUAUUUCGUUUAUCAAGAUUAAAAUAUUGUAAAAUCAUUUAUCAAAGAAAAAUUAUUCAACAAUCAUCAUCUAUCAAACGUAAUAAAUAUAGUCGAAGUCCUAUUCAAUGUUUAAUAAUAAAUGGUGAUUUUCCAUUGAAAAUUUUACGUCUGACAACAUUUUUUGAUGAAGCAUAUUUAAAUGCUAAACGAUGGGAAGAAUUAAUAUUAUCUUCUAUGCCAAAUUUACGCAUAUUUGAUAUAUAUCAUGAAGGUUCUAUACGAAAUAAUGAUUUAACAUAUCAUGACAUAAUAAAUCAAUUUAAUUCAUCAUUUUGCAGAAAAGAUUUUACAUUUUAUUGGAAAUCAGCUAAACAAAUUUGUUCAAAUAUUUCAGAAAUGAAUUUUAAUUCUGUUAACCAUCUUUAUGUCUAUGGUGAAUAUGCAACACAAAAUGAUAUAAAUUAUUUUCCAAAUGUAACUCAGUUGACUAUUCAACAUUAUUUUGAAGCAUUAGAUGAUUCAAUUAUAAAAAUUCUGAAUCGUAUGAUUCCAUUAAAACAACUUACUAAAUUAGUCACGGAACAUUUUAAUUUUUCAUUUGAAGAACUUGUGAAAUUCUUACCUUCUACACCUAAUUUAUGUACGUUAAAAUUAAAUUAUUUAUCUGUGAAAAACAUCAAUUUAAAUUUAAUCAAAGAAAGUAAAAUUUUUCAAUACGUAUCAAAUACAAAUAAAAUUAAAAAUCUAGAUUUUCGUGAUUGUGAUUCAUUGGAUCAAGUUCAAUUGAUUGUUAAUUUAUUUCCACGAUUAGAGUCUCUUAAAAUUGGAAUGAAUAAAAAAGAGAUCGAACAAAUAAUUAAAUUUUUAUUAUCAAAAUCUAAUAUUAAAACACAACAUUUAUUCUUAUUAUGCAUUUCAAACGUAGCGAGAAUAUAUCCAAAACGAUUAAAAGUUUUUAUUAAAUCAGAAAGUUUACUUCAAGAUUAUCGUGUCGAAUAUCUUAAUGAAGAUUUAUAUUUGUGGUGGUAA